AUGUUUUAUUUUCCCGCCAUUUUAUCUCGCUUUGCCCCAAUUGUAUCAUUCAACGAGUUAACUUCCCCUCCUGCUCCCGGCGUUUUGAUCUCCACUUACUUAAUUGCAAAUAAAUCCGACCAAGGCUUGCAGCCAUCCGGUCCCUGCAACAUGACCACGCACCUAUUGCGACGCGAAAUGAUAAAAUACCGCAUCGCCUCUGAUUUGCACUAA